UAUUUAUUGAAAUUUUAAAAUCAACUGCAUAUCCACCUCCGAUUUGACUGCAUAUCUGUGACUAUACACAGGAAACAUUCCAGCUUCUCAAAUUCUCUCUAAAUUUUCAAGAUCUCUAACCAUCUUAUUUCCUAUCGGUAUGGAUACUGGAUCUUCCUCGUCCUUAGAGUUGCCACAGCAGUUCCGUCAGUUUACACUUUCUGAGAUUCACUCAGCAACCCAAAACUUUGAUGAGUCAUUGGUAAUCGGGCGUGGGGGUUUUGGCAUGGUUUACAAAGGAACCAUCACUGAUGGGGCAACUGAUUUGGUUGCGGCUAUAAAGCGCCUGGAUUCAACCUCUAAUCAAGGAGCAGUUGAGUUCAGGGCUGAAGUUGAGAUGCUUUCUAAGUUAAGGCACUGUCACUUGGUGUCUUUGAUUGGUUAUUGCAACGAUGGGCAAGAGAUGAUUCUUGUUUACGAAUAUAUGUCCCAUGGAACCCUUGCAGACCAUCUUCAUAAAUUUCAGAGUCCUUUAACUUGGGUGAGACGACUCAAAAUAUGUUUAGGGGCAGCCCGCGGGUUAGAUCAUCUUCACACAGGUGCGGGGAUUAAGCAUGGAGUUAUACAUCGCGAUGUAAAAAGCUCAAAUAUAUUGUUAGAUGACAGCUGGGCUGCUAAGAUUUCAGAUUUUGGGUUGUCAAAACUUGGUCCAAUUAAUCAACCGUCCACUUAUGUUAACACUUUUGUGAAAGGCACUUUUGGAUACCUGGAUCCAGUCUACUUUGCAACAGGCAGACUGACGAGAAAGUCUGAUGUGUAUGCGUUUGGGGUUGUAUUAUUUGAAGUCUUGAGUGGAAAACAAGCGGUCGAUAGUAAUCUUGAUGAGGAGCAUUGGGGUUUAGUAAAUUGGGCCCAAGAAGCUCUGAAAGGAGGUAGGCUAAAGCAAAUUGUUGAUCAUACCAUAACAGACAGAAUCUUGCCUAAAUGUUUGAAGGAGUUUGGAUGGCUUGCAAAUAGGUGUUUGCAUAACAAUCCAAAGCAACGACCUACAAUGUCUGAUGUUGUAGUCUCUCUUGAAUCUGUUUUAUCUCAACAGGAUAAACCCAAUUACACAUUGCACCCUCCAGGCAUGAAAAUAUUUGGUAAUAAGGUGCCAAUGUUUCUGUCUUCAUUCAGUGGGGAUAAGUCAGUUGGGAGUAAAAGAUCUUUGGAGUUAUACUUUGACACUAUUGGAGGUGAAAACAGAAUAUUACGCAGGUUUGACUUUCAAACUAUUGUUGACGCAACUGAGAACUUCUCUGAUAGUAAUAGAAUUUCAGGAUGGGGCUGUGGUUCCGUGUACAAGGGAAGGCUGCAAAAUGGACAAGGAGUAUCAAUUGACAGAUAUAAUUCUGAUUCCAAGUACCAAGAUUAUAAAAAUGAAGUGGCGUUGCUGGUAAAACUUGAGCAUGAGAAUUUGCUUAAGUUGCUUGGAUAUUCCAUCAAAGGAACACAAGUAUUCCUUGUCUAUGAGUCUGCACUUUAUGCAAGUCUAGAGUGCUUGAUAAAUGACGUUAAAUGUACUGUGUUGGACUGGAAUAAGCGCAACAAAAUAAUACUAGGUGUUGCAAGUGUACUUCUGUACCUUCACCAGAAUAAUGUCAUACACGAUCUAGGUCGACAAACGGGAUUGAUUGCAUCGAAGUGGAUCACUAAUACGGGACGUAUGGGAUAUAUUGCACCAGAAGUACAUCAGACUGGUCGUCUGUCAACUAAGGCUGAUGUGUAUAGUUUUGGUGUGUUGAUUUUGGUAACCGUGACUGGGUAUACAAUACACAAUCCCAGAGGCAACAUGACCUUUGAAAGAUAUGUAUAUGCUUGGACAAAUUGGUUGGAAGGACCAUCUUCAGAUAUAAUUGAUCCUAGAAUUCAUGUUGACUCAAGCACCAUUACAAGAGUCAUCCACAUUGGGUGGUUGUGUGUUCAAGAAGAUCCAACUAAUAGACCAACAAUGGAGGAAGUUGUUGUGUCUAGCAGGUUAAGUGAAAGCCCUAUUUGAUCUUUAAUAGUAAAGAUACCAUGGAUAAAAUAAUAAAGAUCAAACUUAAAAACUCAAUCCACACAAAGCAUACACACAAUAGUUUUCAAAUCAGAAGUCUUCUGAAAAACAAACAGCUGCAAAAGGUUAAGUGUUGCGCACAUGCUGGGCAGUACAACAAUAAGUGGUCUUCUGAAAAACAAACAGCUGCAAAAGGUUAAGUGUUGCGCACAUGCUGGGCAGUACAACAAUAAGUGGUUAGAAGUUUUUUUUUAGAAAAAAACAAACACCUAAGAUAACGUGGAUCUACAAGGGCAUGUGAGGCUGCAUCGUGAUGCAAGGUUUCAAAUUCUAUGUUUUUAUUUAACUUGUUAUAUAAAUGAAUACAUACUAUGUUCAAUUUAAGUUGUUAUAUGAUAUUGUGAUUAAAUAUUAUGUUCAUUUUAAGUUAUAAUUUUAGUAUGUUAGCA